UAGACCCUAGCCAGGUCCCCCCCAACAACAACAAAAUACAGAGUUAGACACUUCACCGUACAAAAUUCACAAUAAGAACCACCCCACACUUUGUCUAGUUUGUGAAAUCUACAACUAGGAAACACAUUUGUGAGAGUGAGAUGGGAAGAAGCCCUUGUUGUUCAAAGCAGGGUUUGAACCGAGGUGCCUGGACAGCACAGGAAGACCAAAUCCUCCGAGACUAUGUUCAUCUCCAUGGCCAAGGAAAAUGGAGGAACCUUCCUCAAAGUGCAGGUUUGAAACGUUGUGGCAAAAGCUGUAGACUUAGAUGGUUGAAUUAUCUAAGACCAGAUAUCAAGAGAGGCAAUAUAUCCAGAGAUGAAGAAGAGCUUAUCAUCCGACUUCACAAGCUCCUAGGAAACAGAUGGUCUCUAAUAGCUGGAAGGCUUCCAGGAAGAACAGACAAUGAGAUAAAGAACUACUGGAACACCAAUCUAUGUAAAAGAGUUCAAGAUGGUGUUGAUGUUGGUGACUCCAAAACCCCAUCUUCACAAGAAAAGAACAAUCACCAUGAUCAGAAAGCAAAGCCUCAAUCUGUUACUCCCUCAGUAUUCUCCUCAUCACAGCCUAAAAACAAUAAUGUGAUUCGUACAAAGGCAUCGAAGUGCUCCAAGGUGCUGCUCCGGGAUCCUCUUCUCCCUUGCCCGCCAAUGCAAACGCAGAGCGACGAUUUCAUCGCAAAAUUAUUAGAAGAAGCAGAAGGAGAGCCAUUGCUUUCUGCUGUGGCCAAUGAUUUUACUAGUGGCGACGAAGACGGGGUUCUUUCAUUUGAUCCUUGUGGAAAUGAGAAGGAACUCUCCACGGAUUUGCUCUUGGAUUUGGACAUUGGUGAAAUUUGCUUGCCUGAAUUUAUCAACUCAGAUUUUUCAUAUGUGUGUGACUUCAGCUACAACACUCAUGAGGAUCUAAUGCUUUUUUCCGAGAACACACUUGUCCAGGCACAGAAGUACCUCGGUGAUGAAACAAAUUUGGUAAAUAAUUGUUUUAAUGAGGAGAAGGAUAAUGGUUGCUAACCAUUGUCCUUUGUUAAUUUCCUCCAUACCUCAAUAAAUUUUGAGCGAGUAGUCACUCACUCAUUUGGUCUGUUUCCAUUUUUCACUCAUUUUCACUCUUUGUAUCUUGUUAAAAAAAAUUAUAUCAUUACUCAUUAUAUUUCUCAA